AUGAAACGAGAGUACCUGCAUCAUAUGGCUCGACAGUAUACGGAGAGCCCUUCUUCAUUCUCCGGGGUGAUCCAAAGUCUGCUUCGUUGCCAAUCUGUGGAGCGUACCCGCGAAGAAGCAACAGACUUAAUCGACAAGAUCAUUGAUGCAUGGUUCUUGGGCCCUCGGCAUGGACAGAAUUAUACAUUUCAAUCGAUCGAUGGUCUUGGAGCAAAAGAUGCCCUUGAAACCGCUCUUGCGAUGAGUGCAAUUUUCAGAAACGAUCCUAUUGAGUUGCAAAAAGUCAUUGAGGUUCAUUUGGGACAGCCUCCAUGGUCUGGAGACCUUGAAAUGGACCUUCUGAGUGCAAAUUUCAUGUAUGGAUUCGUCACUACUUUGGAUGUGGCAGCAAAGCACGGAACUGCUGAUAUCACGGUGCUUAUUGCAAAUCGUGAUAAUUUCAAGUUCGCUCGAAAGUAUUGGUUUAAAGGCCGCUUCGUCAAUUUGAUGGCGAAUAAAGAAAAUUGGGCUGGACUGAAAGCCUGGAUUGAAUUCUUCAAAGUGUCCGAAGACAAUCUGAUCGUUUUUCCUGGGUGUACACAUGAGACUCUCACUAUGCGCUUAAGACCUGCCAUCUACCAUUGCUUACAGAUUGGCAAUUUUGACAUGAUGGACUUUAUUGUGGAGGAAUGUGAAAGCGAGACGGAUGAAGUCAAGGAAGAUCUUCACUUCGAUAUUCUGAUGCAGGCUAUCCGCUCUGGGGAAGUUGAUGCGGUAGAAUACGCACUCGAAACGAAGAGACUCGAUAUGCGCGAACAAUUGAGGAGGUACAAUUACUUCACGCCGCUUUUUCAGGCGUUAUUUGAAUGUCAGGAGGCCACAAAAGUCGCCAUCAUGGGUCUUCUUCUUGAAUAUGGAGCCGAUCCUCUUCAGCCCCAUCACAACACCAAAAGAAUCCCCCUGGAGUAUGCUCUCAGGCAAGGAAAUUUCUUGAUUGAUAGCGUCCAGCUUCUUUGGAAUCAUGAGAUGAAGCUUUUCGGGACUCCAUCUCUACUAUUAUCCUCACCUGCGCGCAAGUCAUACUGGCUUCGAAUUGCGUUUGCGAACCGAUAUAUGCCUUUCGUUGAUGUUUUGCUGCGACACGGGACGUCGUCCGUUUUGUGGAGGGGUAUAAAAUAUACCAUUCAGGAAAUUGACAGCACGAUAGUAAGUAUCUGCAAGGAAACUGAUGGUCGGGUUAUCAUUGAGAAAGAUGAAUGGGCAUCGGAUGAGGAUCAAGGCGAUGGGCACAAUGACAACGAGGAUGAUCCAAUAGAUCACGUUUAA